GCCCUUCUCCUUCAACCACCACGCCGCCGUCCACCACCAUUCGCGGCCAGAUCAAGAUGAGACCACCUCGCCGUCACUCUUCCCGGCACAACAAUACUACCACGCCGCCGCCUACUACCUCCGCUCCACGUCGUAGCCCUCGCCUGCAUCGCCAGGACGCCACCACGCAGCCACCCACCGUCGCAUUGCCUCCACGCCGUAGCCCUCGCCUUGCUGCCGCUACGCCUCCUCCACGCGCAGCGCCUCGCCUGGCAACGGCGCCUGCCCGCGAGAACUCGCCGAAGAUGCUGGCCAAGUACCCGUACCUGCCGGAUGACCUCGUCGACAACAUUCUAGUUCGCAUCCGGCCGGAUGAUGCCGCCGGCCUUGCCAAGGCUUGCCUUGGGAGCAAAUACUGGUGCCGGCACAUCUGCAGCGACAAGUUCCUACGCCGCAACCGCACGUUGCACCCGGCGGCUGCAUCGCUUGGCUUCCUGGUAGCCACGGAGGCGCGACGCAAAUCCACCGUCUUCGUCCCCACCUCCACCUUCCAUCUGGAGCCGAGUUUCAUCCCCCGCCGGUACAGAGCCCUCGAUGCACGCCACGGCCGCGCCCUCUUCCACGCCAUCCCCAAGGACGGCAAGCCCUCCCUCGUCAUCUGGGACCUGGUGACCAAGAAGAAGCACGUCGCACCCAUGCCAAAUGGAGAUCCGACGGUGGAACACUGGAACGCAGUUCUCCUAUGUGGUGAUGACCGCUGCAAGGAGUUCAGGUGCCAUGACCACGAGUCUGUCAUCGUCUUCUUCGGCACCAACGACAACAUGAUAACCUUUGCAGGCAAAUACUCAAGGGAGCUUAAAAGAUGGGACGAUGGGAUGCACGAAUACGAUGAGUACAUGGAGGAGGACGAUGAGGACGUGGCGGAGGACGAUGAGGACGUGCAUGAAGAUGAUGAGGAACAGGAUGAGGACGUGCACGAAGGCAAUGAGGACGUGGAGGAGGAUGUGGAGGAAGACGUUGAGGAGGAUGAUGAGGACGUGCACGAAGACGAUGAGGAGGACGAUGAGGAAGAAGAUGAGGAUGAUGAGGAGGACAGAGAAGGCCCAGCAUAUAUUUCGCAUCCAGAUGCCGUCGUUGGCACGGGGCCAACCGUCGUCGUGGGACGUAAGGUCUAUGUUCCUUGCACUCUCAGCACUAGGAUCAUCGAGUAUGACUAUCGUGCCGACGAAAUCGACGUGGUUGAUGCCCCUGCAUUCCCGUACCAGCGGAUUCGGACUACCCUUCUCAUGACGGCUAGAGACGGCGUUCUCGGAUUCGCAUGUGUGGCCGGGUCUAAUCUCAAUCUCUGGUCGAGGGAGGCCACCGGUCCCGGUGGAGCUUGGGCAUGGGUGUGGUACAGAUUCUUGGACAUCGCCAAGAUGUCCGGGAUUCCUCGCCUUGUCGGGUCAAACGAUGGUUUCAUUUUGGCCAAGACGGGUACAGGGGUAUACACUGUUAACCUUGAGUCGGGCAACGUUGAAAUGGUGCCCAAAAUUACUAAGAUCAUUAAAGCCAUUCCCUACACGGCCUUCUGGACUCCAUCUUGCAGGAGCAUCGGUCCGAUGGUGGCACCGCCAUGAGGAGGACACCAUCAUCAAUCAAUUUAACACUGGCUGAUGCUGCUUCGAGCGCAAAACUUGGCUGGUGCUUCCGACUGUGAUCUGCUUAAUUACUCGUUCUUCUGUCUAUGCAACAAAUAGCCGUUUGUCUCAAGCCAGGUUCUAUAAUAAUAGACUAAAGCUGUUCUGUUUCAGUCAUGUUACUUUCUAGUUUCUUCUACGAGUGAAACAAUCGUUCCCAAGUUCAGUGACAUCGAUAUCCUGUCUUUCAUUUUUAAGAGGCAUGUGGCCGCAGAUUUGUGUGUUUG